AUGUCGCUCUUUAAGAAGCUGGAUGUAAAGGCCGAUUUGGGCACGCCGUCUGCGCUCAAGUCGUCUAUGCAGCGCGGAAUACGCACUAAGAUCUUGGAACAAUACGAGGAUACAUUCGGCGCCGACGAUGGCGCACUCCUGGAAAAGAUCUGGCCUAAAAAAGAGCCCAUCAUGGUCGCUAAAUUCAAGCGCGAACAUGUGCAGAUAGUGUUGCUCAAAGGCACACCGCUAUUUUUCCAGCACUAUGACGGCCCAUAUUUGCCUUCAUUGCCACUUUUGCACCAGUAUCCGAUGCUGCUGCCGUCGAUCCAAGUCGACCGCGGAGCGAUCAAGUUUUUACUUUCGGGUGCCAAUGUCAUGUCGCCGGGCCUGACCUCCGCCGGCGGCCGUCUCCCGGACCCAUCUAAAGGCGAAAAGCCGUUGAAAAAAGGCGACGCCGUAGGGAUCCAAUGCCAAGGCAAGGACCACCAAGUGGCCGUUGGCGUGAUGCAGCUUGAUUCCGAGGAGAUCCGUCUGCAAGGCAAGGGUAUUGCUGUAGACAACGUACAUUACAUCGGCGACGAUCUUUGGGCUAUCUGCAGUUCGGGCGGUCUACAGUAG